GUAAUGUACAGUUAGGCUUGUGAGGCGUGGCUGUUUUGAAGACAGGUGAUAGCAUUAGUGCUGCUGUAGUGGUACUUAUAAAGCGGAAUUAGCUGCACACAUACAAACAAGUUGCAAAUAUGCCCAAGUGCCCGAAAUGCGAUAAGGAAGUCUAUUUUGCUGAGAAAGUCACCUCCCUUGGCAAAGACUGGCACAGACCUUGUUUAAGAUGUGAGAAAUGCAGCAAGACCCUGUCAUCUGGAUCCCAUGCAGAGCGAGAUGGAAAACCUUACUGUCACAAACCAUGUUAUGCUGCCCUGUUUGGACCUAAAGGGUUUGGACAUGGAGGAACUGAAAGCCACACCUACAAAUAGAUUAGAGUUUAGGUCAUACACAUAAACCAGCACUUAUAGAAAGAAGGCAACAUGCAGCCAACGUUUUAUUUACUUCUUUAAGUAUGUUAGCUGCACAAAUGGGUUGAAAUGUUUGCAUUAAAGGUUUUGUUUUUAAAAA